AUGUGUUGGCCCAAAGCCUUGGCCAUUUUGGACGAAGAUCUGCCUCUGGACGUCUUCGCCUGCGGCGCGCUGGUCCGGGUCUGCGCGCGAUGGGACCAGGCCUUGGCAGUGGUCGCCGAAGGCCUGGCGCGGCGGAUUGCGCCCAACACCGUGGUUUGCAACACCGCCAUCAGUGCUUGUGCCAAGGGCUCGCAGUGGCCGUGGUGCCUGCAGCUGAUGCAGGACAUGGCGACUCAGCGCCUGGACUUGGACGUGAUCACUUUCAGCAGCCUCAUCAACGCCUACGCGCAGAGCCAGCGCUGGCAGCGAGCGCUCGAGGUACUUGCCUCCAUGCCCGAGCAGCGGGCGAUGCCCAACCUCCUCUCCUACAGUGCCGCGAUGACCGCUGCAAGUGAAGAAGCCUGGCCCUGGGCCCUGCAGUUGUUGUCGGAGCUGCCGCGCGCCGCGCUGCGCCUCGACGCGGUGUGCUGCAGCGCGGCGAUGUGCGCGCUGGGCCGCGGCCAGAAGUGGCAGUGCUGCCUCGAGUUGGCCUUGGGCAUGGGGAAAGUGUCGCAGAUCACCGGCAACACCUUGGUGACUGCGUUUCAGAGAUCUACGCAAUGGACAUGGGUCCUGUGCCUGCUCGAGCAGAUGGAGAGCCGCACGGGAAAUCUGGCCUGCGGUGCCGACGUCAUUACCUACGCCUCCGCCAUCGCCGCUUGCGGCGACGCCGGGCGAUGGGAGGCCUGCCUUGAGCUCUUCGCCCGGUCUGAAGGCAGCCCGGCGGUGCUGAACGCGGCCAUCGCGGGGUGUGGGCAGAGCUCCCAGUGGCAGCGGUCAAUGCAACUCUUGCGAGGGGAGGUUCUUCCGGACAUCAUCUCCUACAACUCGGCAAUCACAGCUUGUGGGAAUGCCGAGCAAUGGCAGCAAGCACAGGCACUUUUGUGGGAGAUCCCCAACCAGGUGCCCAAAGACGUGGUGACUUUGAACGCGGUGCUCAGCUGCGGAUUACCCUGGCUCUUGGCCCUACAGCUGUUCCUGGAGCUGCCAAAGUGUCGCUUGGAAGCAAACUCGGUGAGCUGCAACUCAGCCGUGACAGCUCUUGGCAGCCAGUGGAGGCAGAGCCUCGCCAUGCUCCAGCUGGGCGCCCGACGUGCGCUGGCGGCCGAGGACGUCGUGGGCCGGUCUGCGGCGCUCAGCGCUUGCGAGCGGCGCCACGAGUGGCGCCAGGCGAUGCUUUUGCUGCAACAGAUGUGGACUGGGAAGGGAAGCAAGAGUCUGGUGGCGGGCAACGCCAUGCUGGCGGCCUAUGAGAAGGUGGACCGCUGGUCUGAGGCCCUGCAGGCCCUAAGCAACUUCCCGCGUCUCAGUCUGCAGCCGGAUGAGGUGAGCCUCAACAGCUGCUGCUCUUCGGCGGAGAAGUGCAGCAGCUGGCGCUUUGCCCUGCAACUGCUCCGGCCUGCGGACCUGAUCGGCUUCAACCUGCUCCUGCGGAGCUGCAUGCAUUCCUCGGACUGGCGCAGCGCGCUGCGCUUGUUGCACCUCAUGCGGUCGUCGGAAACUGGGCCCUCGGCGAUGAGCAUCGUCCCUGCGAUCGAGGCUUGCGCCCGGGAAGGCGAAGCCAUGGCGACGGCAGAACUCUUGGAGGAGCUUCAACUAAUUGCUGUGCAAUGA